AUGGACAAACUUUCACAAGCAAUGGUGGAUGGCUAUGGAAUUCCAAAAAGUUUUAUUGGUAAAAUUCAUGAUUGGAUAAUCAUAGCACUAGCCUAUCACGUUAUGAUACAAAUCGAAAUGAAAAAGAUUCAGAUUUGUGAAUAUUUUCCUGAAGAGGUUGUUGUUCAAAUAUUGAGCAAACUGCCUGUCAAAUCUGUUCUGAAAUUCACUUGUGUCUGCAAGUUAUGGAAUUCUAUCAUCAAAAGCUCUGAUUUCAUCUCUACUUUCGCGUCAAACAAACACGACGCUUACAUCUUUAUGCUCCACUUUAAUAGUCCUAACUACCAAUACUCUAUGCGUUUCGACAACAGAGAUUUCGACGAGUACCUGUCUCUCCAACCACUUUUCAACACAGCCAACGUCUAUGAUGUGCAUGUGGUUGGUUCUAAUAAUGGUCUUGUCUGCCUCUGUUAUGCCUACAGAAACUAUGGAUCCACAACACAUAAGUUGAUUAUUUGGAACCCUUCCAUUAGAAAAUAUUUGCUGAUACCUGAACCUAAUUUUCUUUUUCUUUGUUCGAUUUCUGAAAAGUUAAUGGGGUUUGGGUUUGAUUCAAGAACCAACGAUUACAAAUUGUUACUGGCUCAAUUUUGGGGGGACUGUAUUAAGAAUGUGGUUCUCUAUUCACUAAACUCGUAUUCUUGGAAAAAUUAUAGUAAUGUUGCUCUCAACUAUACGCAUACGUGUAUGACAACUCCAGCUUUCGUGGAUGGCAGGUUCCAUUGCCUUGUAAUUACUAAGAAAAAAGAAUGUGGUGCUGGUGUUUGA